AUGUUAUCUAAAUCUCAGCAAUUAGUGCUCAUCGUUGGGCUCACCUGUUGGAGCGUGGCCCAAGCGGAUGUCGACUGCAGCAAGAAGCCGAAGUUCGUGAAUCCCAAUACCUGUUGUCCUCUGCCGGAAAUCGCCACACCCGAGCUAAAUGAGAAGUGCAAGGAAUACUUGCAGACUCCAGCGAUGCAAAUGGAGUCGAGCGCCGAGGGAAAACGUGGACAUCGUCACCAUUCGUUCCUUCCUCCAUGCUACAUCUCUUGCAUGUUCAAUGAGACGGGCAUCUAUAAGGACAACGAGGUGGACAUCGACGCGCUCAAUGAUUACUUGAAGAACAUCUACAAGGACAACGCUGAGCUGGAGAGCAUUGCCACUGAAGCUGCCGGUAAAUGCAAUGCCAAAAUGGACGAGUUCAAGGAUAAGAAGAGCAAUCGACCACGCCCAUCACCACCACCUGGCGCCAUGAAGUGCCCCCACAAGCCCGUCUUCCUGGUUGGCUGCAUUAUGCGCAAGAUCCUGUUCAAUUGUCCCGCCUCCGUUUGGACUGAUACCCAGGAAUGCAACGACGCUCGUGACUACUUCAAGUCCUGCAAGCAUCACAAGGGCGAUCGAUUUGGUGGGGAUAACUAACUGGAGAGACACUAAGCGGCACACACAGGAAAGGAAAACCCAAUAGUUAGUAACAGCACUUACCCGAUGAGCAGAAGAAAUUAUGCAAAUAAUAUACAAAAUAUCCAAAUAUAAUUGAUGUAAAAAGAGUCCUAUAUAACCUCGCUGCGACCCGAAUAAAAUGUGAAGAAAUUC